GUUCGAAACGCGGCCGCCAAUCGCCGCGAGGGAGGCGCUGGGCCGCGCCUGUUUAUCGCCUAACGGUCGCUGGAGGAGACAGCUGCCGGGCGGCUGCGGACGGCUUCCCGCGGGCUCCGGGCGAUGCGGGGUAAUGUCACACUUGGCACUAAGAUAUGGAAAACUGUGAUGUGGUGACUGCUGUACAAGAAAUCCCAUCGUCUUCUGCAGCCUCUGAUGUCAGAAACACCCACAGCUCUGUCUGUAACUUCAAUUGUAACAGAAGUCCCUCAUCCAAUCCUAAUGGAGUUUCUGGUUACUCAGGGAAUACCAGGUCCUCAUUAACACCUGGGUUUGUUGAGCUGCUUGCCUCCUUCAUGCAAGAUCUCCAGAGCACUGGAAAUGCUGACUUAGAAACUGCAAAGAACUGUGAGAUCAGGUGGCUUCACUUAUUGCGACUGGUAGAAAAACAAUGUCAGGAACAAAUAGUUGCCCAGCAAGAGCAGUUCCACCACCAAAUCCAACUGAUUCAGGAUGAGCUAAGGCAGUUGGUGAAACUGCAGACCAGCAACUGGGGUGCUGGCAGGAGCAGAACUUUGCCUGCCAACUUUACAGACACUUUUUCAUCACCAGAAACUCAAAUGGGGAUGCAUUCUGAAAUCUUUGAAGGAAAUGAGUGCACGGUCAAUCAACUUCGAUCUAACGAAGCAGAAAAUCAGCUGAAUGCAUCUGAUCUGCAGCAGGAAUGUUUCACAAAUGAUGCUUCAGUGACCAGUGGGUAUGAUACCCUUUCUGCCUCUGAACUGAACCCAAGCAAAUCCAGUGACAUCAGCAAGUGCUCAGACCACAUGGAGAAAGCUUCUCAAGGACAGUGUGGCGCAGCAGGAUUGCAGAGUGAGGCAGAACUUUUACCCCCCAAAAUAGAGGAAAAGCUGUCAUCAGGAAGGAAUGAUGUUUUAGUUUUUCCUGGUGAACAUAAAGUUGAUGAAGUUCAAUGUGGGAAAAAACCCAAUAAAUCUUUAACAUCAUGGGCACAAAAGUUGAAACAAAACCAACCAAAAAGAAUAAAUGUUGAAGAAGUGUGUGUGAACCCUAUGCAAGACAAAGAGAAAGCAAAGAAAUCACCACAUGAGACUACAAAGCUUCCUGAUGCUGCUUUGCCACCUUACGCUUUUUACCUCAACCAACCGAACGAAAGUCCAAAUUCUGUAGUGUCUGAAGCUUCAGGACUUUCAUACUGGAAAUUAGAUGAGAAGGAGAUGUACCACUCUUUACCAGAGAAUUUCAGAAGUGAGUUUGCAGAUGUCUUCUCCACAAAAGUACCACCAGAUGAGUUGUCUUCUGCUGAUGAAACAAAGCUAUCAUCAUUGAAGGAUAUUUAUCAUAAAAGACAAAAGGAGAACAAGCAGCUGCCAGACCAGAAUUUUAUGGCUUCUUCCCAGUCAAGUCACCCACCAGAGAUCUUGACAUUGGACCCAACCCUGCAUAUGAAACCAGGUCAGCAGAACCCAGGACGCUGCUUGUUCAGUUUUCCUGAAGAGACUGCUCCUUUUUCUCCAGACUCUAUGGUGGAGCCCAGAUUUUCAAGUCAUUGUGACACAGACUCUUUUUCACAGACAAGUAAUUCAUCUCAGUUAGAUGACUCUCCAAAAUACCCUGCCAGCAGUGGAGCUGUGCAUUUGGACCUCUGGAGAAAUCAUCCAUUCCAAAAUGCAAAUGGGACCAGCUGUCCCUUUCCAAUGGCAUAUAAGGAUGCUAAUAAUGACAAUUUAGUCAACACUGAUGAGGAAGAAACACUGACUCUAACUCCUUCUUCUGUUACUCAGUGUGCUAACAACAGUUUGCCAGACUAUAGUCCAUCAGUGACAUCUGUUGAAGAUCCUGUGAUAAUGUCAAAGAUUAGGCAGAACCUGAGGGAAAAACACGCUCGACAUAUAGCUGAUCUACGAGCUUACUAUGACUCUGAGAUCCAGAGCUUGAAACAGCAGCUGGAGGCAAGCCAGAAGACUGCUUCAUCUGAAGACUUGAAGAAAAUGAAUCAAAAUCUGGCUGACAGGUGUGAGGAAUUAGAUGCAGCUCUGAAUGAAGGAAGUGCUCGCAUCAAAGCCCUUGAAAACAAGAACAACAUGCUAGAAAAGCAAGUGGCAGACUGGAGGGAACGUUUUUAUGCAGCCAGUGACACUUCCAAAGUUCUGCAAGACCGUAUCGAGGAAAUGCGCACAAGUAAUAAAGAGAAGGAUAACACCAUCAGCCGACUAAAAUCAAGGCUUAAAGAUCUUGAGGAAGCCUUUGAAAAGGCUUACAAGUUAUCUGAUAAUAAAAAUACCAGGCUAAAGGAAGAAAAUAAAAUGUUUCAAAAUCUGUUAGGAGAAUAUGAGUCUCUUGGAAAAGAACAUGAAAGAGUAAAGGAUACACUAAAUACAACUGAAAACAAAUUGCUUGAUGCAAACACACAGAUAUCUGAUUUGAGAAGGACAAUUUCAAAACUUGAGGCUCAGCUCAAGCAGGUGGAACAUGAAAAUGCACUGAAACUUCGCCAUGUUACUGAAAGUCGUUUAAGAACCUCUUGUGCCAACAAGCUGGCAACUCCUGAUGUCAGCAGGCGAAAGUGGUUGAUACCAGGAGCAGAGUAUUCCAUCUUCACUGGUCAGCCUUUGGAAGACCAGGAAAGCUCCAAAGAUAACAGAUUAGAAGAAGCCUAUAUUCCUUCUAGGUACCAUUCUCCUCCUGAAAAAGACUCCUCCCAGGAAGACUCAUCAACAAGCACAGUAGAAAAAAAGGAAAAUGAGAUGUCAGAAGCACCAAUUAUAAAAGCCUUUAAAGAACUUGAAGAAGGAAAAGCAUUUAAAGAUUGGGGCACGCAGACAGAAAAAGAAGACACAUCAGCUAAAACAUCAAAUCGACGACAGACUGUUGGGUUUGUUGAAACCUCUUUGUCUUCCAACCGAUCCCCAGAGAAAGGGAGAGACCAGUACAGGCCAAAACGGUACAACUCCCCUUCUGGCCAGAGGUCAUCGUCCCUUCCUCCUUCCAACAGGAAACCAACCACUCCAACAAGAAGAGAGAUAAUGUUGGCACCAGUGUCUGUGACGUACAGCCCAAAGCGAUCUCCCAAAGAAAACCUCUCUCCUGGGUUUAGCCAUUUGCUGAGCAAAAAUGAAACCACAGUGACAAGAUUUGAUAUACUUCUAGAUGACCUGGAAGCUGGUCCUACACCUACUUUACAGCACAGUAAUCCAAGAAAAAAGCUCCAGUUUCUCUCACAAGAUGAUGUAGAAGGAAGGCAGCACUCAGCUGUCAGGCACAGCCCUUGUGCUGAAUCCCUCAGUCCUGGAGUGAAGAAAGCGACGGCUUGGGACGACAGGAGCGUAGCACAGAACUAUGAGCCGGUGCUGUCACCUUGUGAGGGAGACUUCAAAUACACAGCAAGGAUUAAGACUCUGGCUGAAACAGAGAGGCUUUUUGAUGAGCUGACUCAAGAAAAGCAACAGAUUGAGGCUGCAUUGAGUCGAAUACCUUGUUUUGGUGGAAGAAUGACCUUGCAAGCAAGACUAAAUCAGGAAGCCCUGGAAGAUCGACUGGAAAGGAUUAAUAGAGAUUUGGGGUCGAUACGCAUGACUCUGAAGAGAUUUCAUGUCCUAAGGACCUCUGCAAACCUUUGAUCAUUCUUUCUUGAAGGCAGAUAUGCUCUUUGGUUUGUUUGGUUUUGCACUGACAUGUAAUUAUGCACUCAGUAAAUGCAAGUUGUUUUGUAUUUUUAUAAACCCUCACUAGUAGUUUUACAGCCGUGUUGCCCUUUACAAACAGCAAUAUUUUGUACUUCAAACAACCACCUAUAUUUGAGACAUAUUUUUGUUACACCUGAGAAGUCAGUUUCUCCUGUAUUGUAAUAUUUUUAGAAAUACUAAUUAUUUUUAAACAGUGAUAUUCAAUUUAUAAGAAGAAUAAGAAACUAAAAGGCAGCUUGUUUUCAGAAAAUGACCAUGUUCUCCUUUUGCACUUCAUUUUCCUCACCAUUUUAUAAAUAUUUAUGGUAUGAUGUAAAUAUUAGCCAACAAGGCAUUUUGAACUUUGAACUUUUGAGCUACAUGGGUUUCCAGUGUUAAAGACAGAACUGCUGUUAUAUGGCAAAACCUUCCCAUUUCCACCUUUUCACAUGGAUCUUUUUCAGUGUGACGAAACUGUGAGCAAUCCUUCCUUGUGGCUGGCUGGCUGGCUACAAGUUGGUGGCUGUUUCUUUUUGUUGCUGCUGGAAAAAUAUUGCUCUUGAUGAUUUGGUGUCUCCCAGCAGUGUUUUGAUACCACCAGUAGCAGAGUUGAUGAGCCUGACAGCAGCCAUCCUGCCUUCCAGGGAGCAGCUCGGCUCCAGCUGAUGCUUCUGGACUGCAAUGACUUAGCUGAGGUUUCUGCUUUAACAUGCCAGACUCUGUGCCAUGCCAGUGUACAUCUCCCACUCCCAUCCAAGCUGUACUGGUGAACAUAUAUGCAUUUGUUUUUUUCCCCCUUGCUGAAAAAUACCUGUUUGCUAGUUGGCAUAUUGCUGAAUUAUUGU